CCAAGAUCAAAGAGAAACCAGCCACAGACUGUAUCGGGCCAGGAUCAUUUUGCUGCCCCGACGGCUUCGGUAAAUGUUACUGCGAGGUAAACUCCGUCGAUGGAGUUCUAAGAGCGGUCAGGUUCACGGAACCUUGCAUUUCUACCGAAGGGUGUAUCUUAAGCAACGCUGAAACAUUCACUUUCGAAGGAGAGCCCGAUUCCGGCAACAGCGUGGACUCCAGCGACGCUUACCAGGACGACGAUCAUGAAUGGUUCGAAGAGUACAUGGAAUCUGCUCGAGCGUCGCGACGUCGCCUCCUGCAGGCUCGCGUAAACGACGACCAGUACGGUUCACGCGAAAAUAGACUGUCGAGUAAGAGGUUCAAGAACAGCUGGGGAUAUCGUUCCGUGGAUCGGGUGCGUGGUCGAUUGGACGACGACGCCGAUUACGACGACCAAGACGAGGAGGACGAAGAGGGGGACAUAGAGGAGAGCGGCGUCGGGGAGGAAACCGGUGACAAAGCCGAGGAUGACGAGGAAGAGGACGACGAGGAGACGAUCGGCCUCAGAGGCACCGCGAAGGGUCGUUGGAGCCCCAAGAAACGGGCUCGAGAGACGCGGGCCGAUUACGCGGCGAUUACGUUCGAGGGUAAGCAGGAGGUCGAUGAACCCGAGAGGAACAAGGCUGUAAAGAUCAGAUCCGUUAUGGACGACUGUGACGAGGAUUCCACAGAACCGCUGCAGUAUUACGAUUACGAAUCCAGGGGAAAUCCAAUAUCUGAAGUGCGAAUCGUGUUUGCUAUGAAAUUGGCAACGCUGAAUAUUUUGUUCUACUUCCUCGGUAUUUGACGAACAAACGCAACGAAGAUCAAAGAUAACUGUACACCUGGCAUUGAAAGAGACAUAACGAUUCUGGUGGAACAGUUUUACUGCAGUAGAAACUGAGUUAAUUCAAUAAAAUACUGCUACAAAUUUAAAUUUGAUGAGACGACAUGUAUACAAUAUUCAAACACAUUCGAAUUUAUAAUAAACAUAGUUCCUCCGUUCUGUAUAUUCAUUCUUAAUGUAUUUUACUACUUUUUAUGUUAACCCAAUAAGUGUGAAUAAAAAUUUUAAUUUAUUUGCAUAUAUUGAGAUCUUUACAAGGAUAACCUCUAUAAUAUUCCAACUUUUACAUUACAUCUUCUUCAAGGAAAUAUAUAUAAUAGAAUACCGCAAUGGUCACUUGAAAGUUAAGGAAAAUAGUACAAACGUAAUACUGAAGUGCAAUGCAUGAAGUAUACUGAAGAAAACUUACAGUUCAAGGUCUGCAACCUUCAAACAACCUUCUUCAAUUUACCCAACUCUUUCAGUUGCAAAGAUAAUUAACUCGAGCGAUGAAUGCGUACAAAAAUAUACAAAAAUUAAUUUCACUUUUUAAAUUCUAUUUUUCUAUCGAUUAAAAAAAUUAUCACCGUUCCUAUGUACGUAUGACUGUAUCAUGCAUAUGCAUGUCACGACUAACACAUAUAUUACGCCAUGAUUGUAGUAUACAACAGGAUAAAAACAGAGGCAUAAACGCUCCACUGCCUCUCAUUUCUCAAGAUGCAGAAUCAUCCGCCACGGAUAUCGAGGAUAUCGCGCAACGUUGAGAAGAAAAAAUUAUAUAGGCGUUCCUCACAAGGUGCUGCGAUAAUUAAUUACACCCAACCUCCUGCUUGGUAGCGUGCACCGUUAUUGGCGUUCUUACGUUAGGAAUUCAUUUACACGUUUUCCGCUCUGGCUCUAUAAAAGAAGCUGUGAGAAACAGUUACUUCGAGAAUGACUGCGUCGUGUAUACGUAAUUCGUUUCGAUAUACGAUACUUUCACGUUUACAGAUAAUUAUUAUGGAUUAGAUGGGCCAUCGACAACAAACGAUUUUCCACGCGUGGGCGUUCGCAUUGUAUACGAUAUUUUGCGUGAUAACUAUGCUUUCUUUAGAAAUUAGUUCCAUCAUUGUUCUAUGUAUAAUAGAAUAUUAUGUUUCAGAUAAUGUUGUACUUGUCUUGGAACACGAUUCGUAUUCAUUCAUCUAUUAAUAAUGGUGGAAUUGCUUUUUAUGUUCUGAUUAUAUAAAAUUAUCAGACAUCUUAAUUUUUUUUAAUUUAAAUGUAUCACAUGUUUCGAACACACGUGUAUUUUUAAUGAUUUAAUUCACUCUUUAUUGAGUUUGAUGAAAUACAGAGGAUCAACAAUUAUUCAAAUAAUUAUUUAGCGGAAAAAUUAUAUUAAAUAUCGAUGUCGACCAAACAAUGUGUUUCAUUUUUAUACUUAAUUGCCAGUAUGUACUGCGUGACAACCAGGGACAUGUUGGGCUGUGAAAUAAUAUUUAGUAAAUAAAAUCGGUAAAUGAAAUGAUUUAUCAAAA